AUGAUGUAUUCGAGCACAGAGGUGGAGUUGUUGCGAUUAAGUUUUUCCUACAUUGAAUUAUUGAGCGAUUAUGUUACUGUGCCUAACGAACUAAGGGAUUUUUCAGCGUUGGGAUAAUCAUAGCAGGGGCUUUUGUUGCUGGAGCUCGCGACUUCACAUUUGAUUCUUAUUCCUAUUCAGUUGUAUUCAUAGAAAACAUGUGUAAGGCGGUGUACCUUGCUUCUGUUUCUCGUCUUUGUAAAUCCACCGGCCUUAACAUUUUUGGCAUUGUAUGGUGCAACGUCGUGAUUUGUGGACCAAUCUUGUUUCUUUGGUCCUUACUCAGAGGAGACAUCCAAACAACACUAAACUUUCCAUACUUUUUCUACCCUGGAUUUCAGGUUGUUAUGCUUCUUUCUUGUGCUUUCACUUUCUUUAUAAACUACAUAGUAGUGUUGAACACAACUAUCAACUCGGCACUUACACAGGCAAUUUGUGGUAAUUUAAAGGAUGUUUUUACUAGUGGCUUUGGUUGGUUACUAUUCGGAGGACUUCCAUAUGAUUUGUUCAAUAUUCUUGGACAAAUUCUUGGCUUUCUGGGAUCUUGUUUGUAUGCCUAUUGUAAACUUCAAGGGAAAUAGGGAAAUAAGGACGAGCUUUCAUAGUUUAACAGGGGUUGACUACUUCCCUAAAUGGAUCAGAAAACCAGAAAGCAUCGUAUUGUGCCCCCAAGUUUUGUAGAUUUUACAUAGUGGGAAGGAAGAAAAAUCAAGUAUCAAACCAUCUUUAUGACUAUUUACAGUAUAAAGUGUUAUUGUCUGCAAUAAUAUACCUUAGGGAAUGAAAAUCGAGAAUGAACUAAAUGUACAUUAGAAAUUAGAAUUAACACAUUUAUAAUGACAAUAUAUUCACUCAGCCACAAAGAACUAUUAACACUAUUUGAGCAUUAUAAGAUAGAAAGAAUUGUAUGUAAUUGAGUAUGUUCUUCUUCAUCAUGAUUCCUUUCCAUAGGCUUCUUUAAAUGACCUUUGCAACAAUUCUUUGCUAA